UUAAGACACAGUGAUUAAGCUUAAAACCCCAUUUUGACUUGUUCUUUCUCAAUGAAUCCCUCACAAGCAGCAAGCUUCUUCGAUUUUGCUUUGACACCACCAAUCAGUGUUUUCGAAUCUUUCAGGUCUUAUACAAGACUACAGUCUCUAGAAGCAUAAUAUCGUCGACUCUGUUUUGAGUUUCCCAACAGUGGUUGAAGCUUAAGGAGGUUCUUAUGUGCCUUUUGAAAUCAUGAUUGAGGUAAAGCGACCUGGUUCUUCCACGCGGAUCACCACAACACUCCUUGAUUCUUUCAUGAUUCUUUUCAGAAACAAACACAUCUUAUUACCAAUCUUUGCUUUCAUAGCGAUCCCUCUCGCAGCCUUACACCUCUCCUUAACUCUUACCUCCUUUCGCCUUAAAAACCAUGUCUUUCGUUUAGAAGCCUUAGCUAACGUUGUGCAUACACGGUUUGAAGCUAGACAGAUUUGGCAAGAGUCUAGAGAAGAUGCUGUCUCGCUUUUACAUCUCAAAUUCCGGUAUUUCGUCCCAUCCUUUAUCCUCUCCUGUAUGGCCUCCAUAACUGUCAUCACAUCAACUUCCUUCUCACACCAAGGCAUAAACCCAUCUCUGAAGUCGUCAUUUGCUUCAGUCAAGUCUUCGUGGAUGCGAGUAACAGCAACUUCCAUCAUCGUCUACGGUCUGCUCUUCCUCUACUCACCAAUUUCCAUGUUUCUAUCAGCUCUCGUUGGUUAUACACCUACAUUGCGUUAUCUAAUCACGAUCCUCUUUCUCGGAGUUGAGGUAUACAUAAUGGCUAUAACAGGGCUUGGGUUUGUCGUCUCUGUAUUGGAAGAAAGAUACGGUUUUGAUGCGAUUAAGGAAGGAACCGCUCUGAUGAAAGGGAGGAGGAUAACAGGGUUGGCCUUGGCGGGUGUAUUUGUGUUUCUAUCGAGUUUCAUUGGUCAUGGGAUGGAGAAGUUGGCGAAGGAGCUAGAUAUGGACUUGAGCUCAGGGUCGUGGUGGAGGUCGGUGGUUGUGGCCGGUGGGUGGGACGGGUGGAAGCUGGUUUGUAUGUAUGGGGCUGAGGUUGUGCUGAGUUAUGUUGUAAUCACUGUUUUUUACUGUGAGUGUAGGAAACGCCAUGGUAACAGUUAUGCAAUUGUUGCUGAUGAGGAAGGUCUUGCUAUUUAAAAUUAGUUCCAACACUUUUUUGUUGUUGAUAAUUCUCUUGUGAAUCUGUGAAAUACAUUUUUGUUUACCAAGAUUAUGAUUUAUUCAUUGCUUUAAAGAGAGAAAAAUAACAUUUUGUAGAGAGAGAUAUGUGUUUCAAAAGACAAGACUGUUAUAUUUACAUCUUUUCAGGAAAGCGAAUUUUUCAAAGAAGCAAAACAGAGAGAAGUAAGAACAGAGUGGUUCUGCUGUUCUGGACAUGGAGCCAUAAAAGGUUUCUAGUUCUCAGUAAGUUCUCCAUCAUCUGCAGAAGAAAAUGGCUUGUGUGAAAAACAAAUAAAUCGUC